AUCCGUGAUGGCAGAAGAGAACCAUGCAAUAGAUGUCCUCUUAGAAGCACUACAAGAUCUGGCAUUUGAAGAUUUUCUACAGUUUAAGGAUAAAUUAUCAAACACUAGUUACAAAGCAAGAUGGAAUAUCCCCAGGAAUUCACUGGAGAAAGCAAGCCAGGCUUGUGCACUUGUCAGCUGCAUGAAAGAGCACUAUGGAGAAGACAUUGCAGUAGAGGUAGGAACUGAUGUGUUUGAAGAGAUAAACAGGAGAGACCUUGCUGAUAAAAUUCAAGAGGAGUCAGUCAAAGAGUACAAGCAGAAAUACAGAGCACACAUGAUAAAGGAGUUCCUUCAAUAUAAAGAGGUAGAUGCUUGUCUUGGUGAUAACUUGACUGUAAGUAGCCGCUACACCAACCUGACAAUUGUUACGAAGCCUUGGACCAGUAGGAAAGGAGAACAGGAAACCAUCAGUGCGAGUCAGAAACAUACAGACACCAGCGAUGAGCAAGCUAACAUUGCUGUUACUGUGGCACAGCUGUUUCAAUCUGAUGAAGAAGGACAAGCGCCACUCACAGUUGUGCUGGUGGGAGCUGCAGGGAUGGGAAAGACAAUGACAGUGAGGAAGAUUAUGGUAGGGUGGGCAGAAGGAGUCCUUUAUACACAGUUUGACUAUGUUUUCUACCUCAAUUGUAAAGAAAUUAGCCCCACUGAAGAAGUGAGUGUGGUGGACUUGAUUUCAAAUUGCUCUCCCCAUAGAAGUACGCCAAUUAGAAAGAUUUUGGAUAGCCCAAAAAAGAUCCUGUUUGUUAUAGAUGGGUUAGACUACCUGAGAUUUUCUUUGCCACAGCCAGAAAAUGACCUAAGCUCUAACCCCAGGGAAAAGAAGCCACUGGAAACCACUCUGAUGAGUUUAUUUAAGAAAAUCAUUCUCCCUGAAUCCUCCUUGAUGAUCACUACAAGGCCUACAGCCCUUCAGAAUCUGGGGCGGUACUUACAGAACAAGUGCUAUGCAGAAAUAGUGGGCUUCUCAGCAGGUGCAAGGGAUGAAUAUUUCCACAGGUUUUUUGACACUGAUCAUAAAGCAGAUACGGCCUUCAAGUUUGUAAAAGGAAACAAAACAAUCUUUGCUAUGUGCUUUGUCCCCAUCAUGAGUUGGACUGUCUGUACUCUUCUGGAACAAGAACUUUACAAGAACAAAAAUCUUACCAGGAGCUCUAAAACAAACACGGGAAUGUAUAUGUUUUACCUUUCCAGAUUACUGAAAUGCAGAGCAGGUGAGGGCAAGCAGGACCUGCAGCAGUUCCUGCGCAGGCUUUGCUGCUUGGCUGCUGAUGGGAUGUGGAUGCACAAGGUGCUGUUUGAGGAAAAGGAAAUCAAGGAGCGGGGCUUAGAUCAGCCAGAGCUUCUCUCUCUCUUUCUCAAUGAGAACAUUUUGAAAAAAGGCACAGACCAYGGGAAUGUCUACAGCUUCAUUCACCUGCACCUCCAGGAGUUCUUUGCUGCAAUGUUUUAUGUCCUGGAGAAUGAGAAGGAGACAGGAGGUGACUCAGGGACUUACGUGAAGGACAUAAAAGUAUUACUGGAAAACUGUAGAACAUCUAGAAAGGAUUUGUUGUUAACAGUGACUUUCUUAUUUGGUCUGAUAAAUGGAAAAGCUAUAGAAUACAUGAAGCAACAAAUUGGGUGUAGACUUUCACCAAGAUUUAAGGAAGAUAUGCUGAGAUCAAUUCAGACAUGGCCUAGAGGAAUUUCAUCUACGAGCAAAGGGACAAUGAAGAUUAAGGAUCUGGCAGUUUUUCACUGUUUGUUUGAGAUUUAUGAAGAAGACUUUGUGCAGCGUGCCUUGAAUUGUUUCACUGCCAUAGACUUUCAUGACAUGAGGCUGACCCAAUACGACCAAAUGGCACUUUCGUUCUGUAUCAAACAUUGGAAUGGACUUGACUCUGUGACCUUCAAAGGGUGCUCCUUUGAACAUCACAAUUAUGAGGAAGAGUUAGUUCCAGGCUCUGCACCAGCAUUAAAUUGGGAACAACAGCCGGUGGAGGAGCAACCAUCCCCUAUCUCCCUGCUCUGCCAGGCAUUGAGGAACACAACCAGCCAAGUAAAGACGCUCAGGCUGCAGUGGUGCGGCCUCAUGGAGGACUGCUGCGAGGACCUUGCCAGGCUGCUGGCCUUGCACCCCAGCCUGGACCAGCUGGAGCUGGGUGACAACAAGCUGGGUGACAAAGGCGUGCGGCUGCUGUGCAAGGGGCUGCAGCAGCCCACCUGCCAGCUGCGGGUCCUGCGGCUAUGGUACUUCCACCUCACCAGUGCCUGCUGUGAGGAUCUUGCCACAGUGCUUCGCACCAGCCGGCACCUGAUGGAGCUGGAUUUGUCCUGUAAUGAUGAGCUGAGAGAUGCUGGUGUGCAGCUGCUGUGUGAAGGGCUUCAGCAUCCCACCUGCCAGCUGCAGACACUGCGAUUAGGGAGCUGUUGUCUCACGGGAGCUUGCUGUGAGGACUUGGCUGCUCUGCUCCUUGUCAACCAGAGCCUGACCUGCCUGGACCUGAGUGAUAAUGAGCUUGGAGGUGCUGGGGUGCAGCAGCUCUGCCAGAUACUGAAGCAUCCCGCCUGCCAGCUGCAGGCACUGGGACUGAACACAUGUGGAUUAAAUGAAGAAACACAGCAGGAGCUGGCUGCAGUCAAGAGAAUAAAGCCCAGUCUGAAGAUAGGCUAUUUCUUUGAAGAAGACCAGCCAAGACCUAUGGCCCAAUUGCCUUCUCACCAGGGAGUCCUACUGGACAGAAGUGGAGGAAGGAUCAGGAGGAGGUUUCCCUCUUUAAUGGGAGGUCCUUUUCACAAUCGUAAUGAUUUCUAGCAUGCGUGGUAGGGAUUUGAUCAGUGCUCCUGGGGAGGAUGGGAGACAUCCCCUGAAUCUUGUCAUGUGCAAAAAGAUCUGGCACGUGGUCUUUGUGGAUCUGUUAGGGGUUGGGGCCAAGUGACUGCAUGCAGAGGAUGAAGCCAUGGAUAAGAGUGCAGGUGAGUGUGGCAAUUUUCUCCUUUCAGUCUGCUGGGGCUGUGAGGGGCAGAAAAAAAAGGGCUUUACAUCUAGCUCAUAACAUGUAUAUAGUUAAGUAUUUCAUCCAAACACUGGGAUUUUUGUAUUUCUGAAGGCUUCUGUAGUUUUCUACAUUCCACAGUUAGUGAGAUGGUCCU